AUGGAGGGUUUCUGCAUUGAAAACACCAUCCCGCAACAUAUCGAGCCUGCAGCUGUGGAUGUGGAUGCUGCCGUCGUUGCUCCACCGGAGGAGAAGUUGGAGAAUGUCAGCGGAGAUGAUCAUGGAUUGGCGGCGGAGAGAUUUUCCGACAGCUGCAGCGGCACAAGUAAUAAACAUGCCGUCUGUAGCAAGAGAAAGAGAGGGCGCCCGAUGAAACAACCGCCGAUGGAGAUGCCACAACAAUCUGUGGCGAUGCCGGAAUAUUUCAUCAUUCCACCUACGCGGGGAAGAGGCCGGCCUAGGGGUUCCGGGAGGUGGCAGAGGAUGGCUGCCUCUUUCGGUGGGAUUGUUGCGCAGACUGAAGGAAGCAACUUCACUCCUCAUAGGAUUGAAAUUCAGAAAGGAGAGAACAUAGUUCAAAGGAUCAAGUCAUUUUCUAUGACGACUCCUGAUUCAAUUUGCAUUGUCUCGGCUUUCGGAACAGUCUCAACUGCAGAAAUUUUUGUACCUGCUUCUCCAGGUGGCAUUUCACGAUACGAGGGCAAUUUUUCAAUUGUACAUCUAAAUGGAUCGCAUACAUAUAAUGGAACUAGGCAUGCCAAAAGAUGUAUAUUGAGUGUUCAAUUGGCUAACCCUGAAGGCCUCUUUUAUGGUGGUGUUGUAGCCAAUUCGCUUAUUGCUGCUGGCCCAACUCAACUUGUUAUUGCUACGUUCAAACAAAAUCCAUGGCAGUUGAGUACGUUUUCUUGA